AAUCGCUCAAGUCACAUACGAUAAUCAACAAAGACAAGUCUUCUUGCUCAUCGACGCUGUAGUCUUCGAAUUCCCGUCAAAAUUCACAUCAUGGGCGGAGGAAGAGUGCAACCGAAGAAUCAAAUGUUCAGUUAUGCGAAACAAUACAUUGAUAAUGUGAAGGAAGCAUUAAAAGAUGAACCUGAAAAAUAUCAAGUGUUUGUCGAUAUGUUGAAGUAUUUCACAAAUCAUCGGAGGUAUGAUGAAGCUACUAUCUUAGCAACUGUGGAUGAACUCUUAAAAGAUCACCCUAAUCUGCGUCUUGAUUUUAAUAACUUCCUUUCUCCCGAGGCUGAGAGCAUCAUCAUCCCUCCCGAGGCUAAGAGCAUUAUCCCGCCCACGGCUGAGAGAGCCAUCACUCCCGAAGCUAAGAGCAUCAUCCCUCCCACGGCUGAGAGCAUCAUCACCCGUCCCGAGGCUGAGAGAACCAUCCCUCCCAAAGCUGAAGAAACCAUCACUCCCGAGGCUGAAGAAACCAUCAUUCCCGAAGCUGAAAAAACCAUCACUCCCGAAGCUGAGAGAACCAUGCAGGUCCUGAAUAUCAUGCAGGUCCUGAAUCUUCUCUACUAUCAUGAAGACUUGACCGAGGACUUUACCAGAUACUUCAAACGACAAAAAUAUCAGUUGGAAUAG